AUGAUCUCGAGAUCGUCCCUUGCGCGAACUGCGCAGCAGGCUGCCCGACAGUCCUGCCGCGUCCAGCGACGAACCUACGCCGCCGCCGCCUCGACCGGAUCGUACGAGACCUCGGAUGUGUCUGGCCUCAAGGUCGCCUCGCGGGAUGCUCACGGUCCUACUACUAAGCUCGCUGUUGUGGCCAAGGCCGGUACUCGAUACCAGCCUCUUCCUGGCCUGUCAGUUGGCCUUGCCGAGUAUGCCUUCAAGAACACCCAGCGACGAUCCGGCCUUCGCAUCACUCGCGAGUCUGAGCUCCUCGGUGGUCAAUUGGCUUCCUCCCACUCCAGGGAGGCUGUUGUUGUUGAGGCCAGCUUCCUCCGUGAGGAUCUGCCUUACUUCACCGAGCUCCUCGCUGAGGUCAUUUCAAUGACCAAGUACACCACCCACGAGUUCCACGAGGAUGUCGAGCGUGUUCUCCACCACAAGCAGGCCGCUCUCAACGCCGACGCCGCCGCAAUUGCUCUUGAUAACGCACACGCCAUCGCUUUCCACACUGGUCUUGGUUCCUCCCUCCUCCCCAGCUCUUCGACUCCCUACCAGAAGUACUUGAACGAGGAUUACAUCGCCAGCUACGCCGACGUCGCUUACUCCAAGCCCAACAUCGCUCUCGUUGCCGACGGUGCCUCUACCGAUUCUCUCUCCAAGUGGGUUGGCCAGUUCUUCAAGGACGUGCCCUCCACCCCCCGAAGCGGCCAGACUCUGAAGACCCAGGCUUCCAAGUACUUCGGUGGUGAGCAGCGAACAAGCUCAAGCGUUGGAAACUCUGUGGUCAUCGCCUUCCCCGGUUCCGGUUACGACUCUGCCAAGCCCGAGAACGCUGUUCUGGCUGCUCUUCUCGGCGGACAGUCCACCAUCAAGUGGGCUCCUGGCUUCAGCAUGCUGGCCAAGGCCACCGCUGGCACUUCCGGCCUCAACGUCAACACCUCCAACCUCAUCUACUCCGAUUCUGGUCUCCUUGCUGUCCAACUCAGCGGCCCCGCCGCUUCUGUCCGCAAGGGCGCCGAGGAGACCGUCAAGGUGCUCAAGAGCAUCGCUGACGGCCAGGCCAGCCAAGACGACAUCAAGAAGGCUGUCGCCAAUGCCAAGUUCAGCCUUCUGGACCAGGCUCAGCUCCGACAUUCCAGCGUUGUCCUCGCUGGCUCUGGUAUUGUCAACAACGGCAAGCCUUACGACGCCGCUGCCCUCGCCAAGGCUAUCGAUGGCGUCUCCGCUGAUUCUAUCAAGACUGCUGCCAAGACCCUGCUUGAGGGCAAGGCCACUGUCUCUACUGUCGGAGAUUUGUUCGUGCUACCUUACGCUGAGGAUAUUGGUCUGCGAGUAUAA